UUGUAAUAGAGUAUACACGGGAAGGUGCUCCAGAGCUCAGCUGUUGUGUUCCUCAUUUAACCUCUUUGGGCAAGAAGUAAGCUGCAGGCUUCACAAUGGGCUCCAUUUCUAGAAUGAUUACUGAGUUUAGCCUUGAUCUCUACAAUAAAGUCAACAGAACCACAGAAUGCCAAAACAUUGUCUUCUCUCCAAUGAGCAUCUCUACCUCCCUGGGCCUAAUCCUUUUAGGGGCACGAAACAACACAGCCACUCAGAUAGAAAAUGUUCUCCACGUCACCAAUGCUGCAGGAAAUACAAGCCUUGAAUCUGAACUUGAAGGUGCAGUCCCAGAAAACAAGUCUGAACUAAGCCAGGAAAGAGAAUCUUCCUCCUCUCUGUGUAACACAGAUGGGAAUCUUAACCAUGAAGCAUUCCAUGCACUGCUUUUACAACUACAAAACCUUGGUAAAGACUACGCUUUAAGCCUGGCUAACAACCUCUUUAUCCAACAAGGAUUUGAACCGAAUCAGAAGUAUCUAACAUGCAGUAAGGAACUAUACAGAGCAGCCCUUGAAACACUGGACUUUCAAAGGGCUCUUGAAGCAAGCAGGCUAAAAAUUAAUGAUUGGGUUGAAAGCGAGACACAAGGUAAAAUCAAGGAACUUUUUGCUCCAGGAGUGAUUGACUCACACGCCAUUCUGGUGCUGGUGAAUGUGAUCUACUUCAAAGCAUCCUGGGAACACAAGUUUGAGGAGAAAAAUACAGUACAGAGAGAUUUUAAACUGAAUCAGAAUGAGAGAAAGCCAGUGCAGAUGAUGUAUCAGAAAGGCACGUUUAAAUUAGGCUAUAUUGAGGAGCUGGGAACUCAGGUGCUUGAACUCCCUUAUGCUCAGAAGUCGCUGAGCAUGAUCAUCCUGCUGCCAGGAGGCACGGCAGAUGGAUCUACCACUGGGCUGGAACAGACUGAAAGCACAAUGACCUAUGAGAAUUUAAUGCUGUGGUUCUCUUCUGAACACAUGUUUGAGACAACGGUAGAGGUGUACCUGCCCCGAUUCAAGCUUGAAGACACCUUUAACCUCAAUGAGGUACUAAAAGCAAUGGGAAUGACCGACAUCUUCACUGAAUCCAAAGCUGAUCUUUCUGCACUGUCAUCUGGGGAAUCCCUGGUGUUGUCAAACAUUGUCCAUAAGGCUUAUGUGGAAGUCAAUGAGGAGGGCACUACAGCAGCAGCUGCUACAGGAGCUACCAUUGUGAGGAGAUCCCUCCCCCUCAUAGAGGUGUUUAUGGCUGACCAUCCUUUCUUAUUCUUUAUUAGGCACAACCCCACUAAUGCCAUUCUUUUCUUUGGUAAAUUCUGCUCACCUUAA